AUGGAGUCCUUCAAAGUAAUUGCAAAAGGUGAAGCUCAGGGAAUGGUGAGCAAGUCGAUCGGAAUUGCUCUUGGUAUAGCAUUGGCUAACUGUUUUGGCUCAUCUACAUCUUUUGCCCUUGCUUCAUUCGGUGUGGUUACUUGGAUCCAUAUGUACUGCAAUCUAAAAUCGCAUCAAUCUAUUCAACUGAAGACUUUAAAUCCCUAUCGAGCGAGUUUGGUUUUCAGUGAAUAUCUGUUGAGUGGCCAAGCACCAUCAAUCAAAGAGGUCAAUGCCGAGGAGCCGCUUUUUCCAGAUUUACUGUUCCUGAAUUUUAUAUCUGCAAACAGAGAACAGUCAGAUGCUCUAUCUUCCGAAGCGAAGCAGCCAGCUUCUGAAAUUGAGGUUCGGCUGCAGUUGGGAUCGAAACUCAGUGAUGCUGUCAACAACAAGGAGGAUGCACUGGCUCUAUUCAGUCUGUAUAAAGAUGAAGGCUACAUUCUGGCUGAACAAGAAGGAAAAUUCUGUGUAGUGCUUAAAGAAAGUUGUUCGCCACAACAAGACAUGCUGAAGUCACUUUUCCAGGUAAAUUACUUGUACUGGUUGGAGAGAAAUGCAGGGAUUGAAUCGAGGGGUGCCUCCAAUGACUGUAGACAAGGGGGUAGGCUACGAAUCUCUCUCGAGUACGUGCAAAGGGAAUUCAACCAUGUUAAAAUGGACAGUGAAUCAGUAGGUUGGGUAACUGAUGGACUUAUUGCAAGGCCUUUACUGAACAGAAUUCGACCUGUUUGCGAGGCCGUAUGAAUCGACUGCCUCUUGUUGAUGCGAGAAGGGAUAUCCCCAACGGUUUGAUCUUUUUUUUGGCUU